AAUUGUGUAGAACGAGAUACCUUGCUUAGAACUAUUAGAGAAAAAGCUCCAUCAAUUUUCCCUUUUUUGUGGCAAUGUUAUUCUACAACGUCAUGUCUCUUUUUCGGUUAUGACCAAAUAUCCUCUCAGGUUGGAGCCCAACAGGGUGAUCCAUGUGGACCGAUGGCAUUUGCAUUGAGUAUACACCCAAUUAUCGAAAUGUUGACUUCAGAACUAAAUGUAUGGUACCUAGACGACGGUACCUUAGGCGGUGAUCCAGAAACAGUCCUCCACGAUUUCGAAAUUUAAAUUGAAGAGUGUAGAAAGAUUGGUCUAGAAAUAAAUCCAGCAAAAUGCGAAAUUUUCUACUGUGGAAUGGAGGACGAAGGUAUAACGAAAAAAUUCGAUUAUAUUUCUCCAGGUAUCAGAGUAAUAUCAGACGGCCUCGAAUUAUUGGGUGCUGCAAUUACGGAAGAAGCUGAGGAGAGAAUUUUCAUCAAGAUGCACGAUAAAAUGAAAAUCUUGUUCGAAAGACUUAAACAGUUGAAUCAUCACAUGGCAUUCUAUCUUUUAAAAAAUUGCUUUGGAAUUCCUAAAUUAACUUAUUUAUUACGAACGACAGGUUAUUUCAAACACGAACACCUCCUUAGAAGUUUGGAUGAAGAUAUGAAACGUGCAAUGGAAUGGAUUUGUAAUUCGAAGUUUAACGAUCAAAAAUGGUCACUGAUCAGUCGUUUCGUUACCGAUCAAAAGUGGAGGCCUUGGAAUUAGAAAAGUAUCAGAAAUUUGUUUACCAUCAUUCAUAAGCUCGGUUCAUUCGGUUAUCAAUCUCGUCACUUCGAUGUACCCACAAUUAUCAGAUGAGACAAUGAUAUCCGACUACAGUCGUGCUUUGGAGAAGUGGUUUACUCAUUCUGAUGAAAUUCCUAUCCAUAUGUCGAGCCAAAGAUCUUGGGAUAACUUGCUAAUUUAUCAAAAAAUUGAUUCUUUAAGUUUCGAUUCUCAAUUAGAUAAAGCAAGAUUCUUAGCAUCAACAGUAAAGGAAUCGAAUUCUUGGUUGACAGCCCUCCCAUCGAAAUCAAUUGCGAAUUUUCCAUCGAUGAGAGAACCACCUGGAAUGUUCAGAGAUGAUAAGAAAAGAGUGGACGGAGUCACAUUGAUACCAUGGUGUAAUGGUCAACUGUUGGUCUGGGAUGCGACGUGUUCUGACACCUUAGCGCCGUCAUACCUGCGUCUUAGUUCAAAAAAGGCUGGUUUAGUGGCAAGAAAAGCAGCAGACGUCAAGCUAAAUCGUUACAAAGAGCUUUUGGAUCAAGGUUAUUUCAUUUUACCGUUCGCAGUAGAGACGUUCGGUCCUUGGUGUGAGGAAGCUAUUCGUUUCGUGGAUAUCCUAGGCAAUUUGAUCUUUGAAAGAACUGGUGAAGGAAGGUCUAAAACUUACUUGAAGCAAAGAAUAGGUAUUGCUUUACAGCGCUCAAAUGCAGCUUGUGUUAUGGGAACGUUUAGAGAAAAUGAAUUCGAACGGUUGGACGAGAUUUUUUAUAUACUGUGA